UGUUUAUUUUCGUUCAUUAGUUAUGAUUAUCUGCCAGUGAAAAUUUACAAAUGUUUUAAAAAGUGUUAUUUGUGGACAAAUUUUUUGAUGCUAUACCGAGGACGGAUAUCCUCCUGAUAGCGAAUACCAUAAAACAUCACAAGAGGUUCAUUGCAAUUAUGAAUCAGAAACUAUGGCAAAACCAAGUUUGGCCAAUUUUGAUAAUAACGAAAACGACCCGGUCAACUCCAGAGAUGAAUCCUCAUCCGAGCGAUAUGACCGUCUAAUAAGUGGAAUACGGAACUAUUUACAGGAGUUCACAGCAGGUGAAACCGUAUUAAUUGGGAAUUGCCCUCCUGAUGUCAAAGAAACUGAUUUGAACAACUUUUUUCACGGUUUUGCUACACUGGUGAAGCUGCAAAAAAUUGAAUUGCCAUCUCUACUGACGACAGUCUUUGUAGCGAAAUUUGACUCAGCGGAAUCCGCAUCUCGAUCCAAAGUUCUCAAUACUCUCACUUUACACGGAAAAAAGAUUUUGUUACACAAAAACGACAGCAAGCAGUUGUUUGAUAAAUGUAAAGUGGUAGAGCUUAACGGAUUUCAAGAACAUUCGGAGGAGGUCAUCUACGAUCAUAUGAUUGCAUUCGGCAAUAUUUCCUUCAUUCUAAAAACAACUACGGUAACAUAUCUCGUAUUUGAGGAAUUGUCUGCUGUUGAAAGCAGUUGCCAGUGUGAUUAUCUGGAUCAAUAUCCAGUGACGAUUCGACCAGUAUUGGAUGUUACUCCUGGAGGUUCUGAGUCCAUUGAAACCUGUAUUCUUGAGCAAAUCGAGCAAAACAGUAGCCUCCUGGUUGAGGAAGAGGGACAGAUAAACAAUUUUAUGCAGCUUUUAGACAUGGAGAAUUUAGAUGAUUAUUUAGACCAGGAUGACAAGGAAAAAAAUAUCGUUACGAAUAAACCUCUUCUGGAGGUUGGAAAUGAAGAAAUCAUAGCCACUGAAAACGAAGAGUGCACCGGGCAAACAUAUGAAGACGCUGAUGUAGCAGCGAUAGAAAAACAAGCAUUAACAUAUGUAUAUAAAAGGAAUGAACAUAUUGUGGUAGAUAAAUCAUCUGCUGCGAAACUAAACCUAGAUAAAAAUGUCGUACUCCUAACCCAAUUACCACAGCUAAGAGUUGUUGUGAAAAAAAUUGAUCAGACAACGUUCGCGGAUAGAAAGCCAGAGAAAAGGAAGAAUGGCAAAUCAAAGAAAAAAAUCGUUUAUAAUACAAAAGACCCACAGAAACCAUCGAAUACCACAAAAGAGACAUUGGAUAGAGAAAAGUAUAGCAAACCGGAGAAGUUUGAUAAUUCGAAGGAUAUUCGCGUAAAGGACUCAAUAAAUCCACAACAGAAAUUAUUGAAUACCACAAAGGAAACACUUGAUGAAGAAAAGCAUAGCAAACCGGAGAAGUCCAACAAAUCGAAGAGUAUUCACGUAAAAAGCUUAAUAAAUUCACCACAGAAAUCAUCAAAUGCCACAAAGGAAGCAUCUGAUAGAGAGAAGCAUAGCAAACCGGAGAAGUCUAAUAAAUUGAAAAAUAUUGACCUUAAGGACGUAAAAAACUCCCAACAUAAAUCAUCAAAUACCCCAAAGGAGACAUUUGAUGUAGAAAAACAAUGCAAACCGGAGAAGUCUCAUAAAUCAAAGAAUAUUCACGUGAAGGACGAAAAAAAUUCACAUAAAUUAUUAAGCGACACAAGAGAAAUAUUUGAUGGAAAAAAGCAUAGCAAACCCGAGAAGUCUGAUAAAUCGAAGAAUGUUAAAGACGUGAAGGACUCUAAAAACUCAAAAUUAAUAUCUAGACCGAGCAAGAAAUAUAAAAUAAAAUUUGAAGAGUUGGAGAACAGUUCCAAAACUAAACAAAGUGAACCUUUAAUCACGCAAAAAAAUUCCGAAAAAAGAGUGAAGAGUCAUCCGGAAACGGGAAUAUCAUCGAAAAAACCUAAGCUCGAUGAGCAACCUGCGGAUGUGAUAAAGGAAGAAGUGCGCCAAUCUGUUCCAUUACAAAAACCUACGAAUGAGGACUGCUUGAACUCAUCAAAUAUAAAAGGCUCGUCUUCAGAUCAGAAAAGAGAGGAAUCUUCAACAAUAACAAGCAGUCUGCACUCUUCAGCAGAACCAUCCGCUAAGCCAAAGAAGGUGAUGAAACAAAAAUCGUUCGAUGUCAACAGUUUGGAUAGUUUCGCCAAAAUUGAGAAGAGAAAGGCAGCUGUAGUUUUAGUUAAACUAAAUUGCGAGUUAUUGAUAAAAACGUCCGUUGUCCAUAAAUAUUCGUUGGGAAAAUUAAGGGAUAUUCAGAAAAAUAUCCACGAAAAAAUCAUACAACUAAAUGAAGAAUCCAAUGAUUCAAAUGAUAUGGAAUCCCCAAUUACAACAGAAAGAAUCAAUGAUGAAAAAUCGAAUAAUGCAACAUGUACUACAACAGUCACAGUUCGUAGUGAACAAAGUUCUCCGGACGCUCAGGUUUUAGAAAAAUCUACCGAAAAUAUAGCUCACGACGAAGAAGUCGAAAUUUCAAAUGAAGCUAACCUUCCAUCAGCGGUCAAUAAUGAAUGUCCUGAGUACCGGUCUAGUGAGUGUUCAGACAAACUGGAAAAUGCAGAGGCUGUGACAAUUGUUUCCAUUGAGAAUAGUUCCAAUAGUAUUGCGAUGGAUCAACCCGAUUGUGUUGACGAAAUUGGUAACAGUGUUCCCGAUGUGUGUAACACGAUAGAAAUCGAACAAAACGACUCCGCCAUUCUCUCCGAUGACGAAAGACCUCUAGUAAUUGAUAUGCCUCACGAAGAACUGAGGUCAGCGGGCAAAACUGAUGAGAAUAUUGUUGAAGCAACAGUCGGAAUGAAAAGUGAUCGUUGGUCGGUUUGUUUGGACGACAGAAGCGCUGUUCUUAUGGGUGAAAAAGUUCACAAUGGCUGUUACGUUUACCUCGACGUCUUGCCUCAAGUAAGAGUAAAACUGCAACGAGUUAGUAACAUAAUUUGUAAAGUAGUGAAGCAGAAAGAUCAUAUCAAACAAAAACAACGAGAUAAACCGGUGACAACAAAAGUGAAACAAAGUGAAAAUCCGACAAAGAAAAUCGCAGAUAAACCUCCGGAGAAACCACGUAAAACAAAUUUGGAAAGAAUAGACAGCAAAUUCCUUCCAGCAGGCUCAAAAUUGAAAACACAAAUGAAAAACAAAUCUAAACUAGAUUUUAGCAUUAAAAAACAUUUGCCGGUGCCUGAACUUCCAAUCGAGCUAAAAGCGCACCUGAAUACAAGCUUCAAAAUUCCGAAAAAGAAUUCAGAUGUUAAACCGCAAUCGAUUGAUCGCAAUCCAAGCGAACUAGACUGCCUCCAUCGAGAUCCGGCACGGGAAGAGAAGGAAAAGCACAGGAAGCGGUUCCAAAGAGAGCGGAAACACUUUGAAAAUCGUACAGGACAAAAAUCACAAAAUAAAAAACCAAGACUAUCUGAGACCCCGGUUUGUACGGAACCGUUGCGACCUGCACAGGAUUGCAUGGAUUCGCCAAUGAACGAUAACUAUGAUUCGUCGUCACCGCCCGCAACACAACAUGACACUAGUUAUUCUGAAAUCACUAAACCAGGGAACAAUAAUUGUGGCGCAGAUUUGAAGAUUCCUUAUGCCCGUAAAAGUCAAACACCACGUUUCACUGAUAUUUGGAACUUGCCCCCUGAGAAAUUAACAAGCUGGGCUGAAACCUCUGGCACUGAUAAAUCUUGGAAUGUUCCUCGAACCACAGCUACUACGGUUCAACCGGUACGCUCUGGAGACGGUGGAUUCAAUGAAAAUGAAAAACGCCACAACACUAUCGACUCUGGUGACAACUGGUCACCAGGAGGAGAUGGAUCACGUACUACUCAAAAUUUCACACCAACAAGUGCAAUCAAGAGCGAAAGCUGUUGGUCUUCUGAAGUGCAACGGAACCGAAAGGAUGGGAACAAUGGGAACUCAUGGAGCAAACAAACUAGAAAAAAUGAAACAAUUUCUCACGGGGAAUCUUGGUCACCAAACGCAAACGAUAGCUCUGGCAGGAUCGAGAAUGCAAUAGAAGAUGUGCAUCAGCCGAAACGCAACAAACCGUCACAGUCGGAGAGUUUACAUAACACGAUAUCAUCCGGCAACAUGUGGGAUGCUGACUCAUCCGUGGUGCACCAAAGCUGCUCACUAUCAAAGCGUGACAAUGAUGCUGAUAACACGCUUCUAUCUGGUGAUACAUGGGAUGCGGAAAUGCGCCAAUCAUCAGACAGUUUCGGCAAUUCUGACGGUCAUAUUAAGCCGACAAUGCUGGGUGAAAAUAUUCGCCAUUCUCCACGUCGAAACUCUCCUGAUUCUAGGAACAUGAACAUCAAUCAACCAGCCCCGAUCAGACAAUGUUCCGAGCGACAACGGAGUCAUCACACCGAUCAUCGCAGGGAGCAGAGUCGAGAACAAGAUCGAUGUCGUCCUGGGUUGUCUAUGGAUCAGAGCAAUACUUCUAGAAGAUCACCAAUACGGUUUUUAAAUACAAAGCCCAACGAGGAACCACGUGUAUGGGAUCGCUCUGACUCGCAAGAUUGUUCGUGGAACGCAAACAGAAGCCGUGAAAAUGUCAAUUCACCAUUCCGCUCGCGAGACAUGAGCGAGACUGGUAAGUUCAAUCGUGAACCAUUCAAUAGAAACGAUAAUCGUUCCCGGUCAGGUUUAAGAGAGCGUCAGAUCUACCGAGAAAGGGAUGAGAGAACAUACGGUAAACGGCUUUCAAAUCGUAGUCCAAAUAUACGUCCUAGAAAUAUAUCCGAUAAUCGGAUAGACAAUAUAGAGUCAAAUGGUGAGGGGGAUGAUAAUGCCUAUAGUCCAUCUGGCGCUUUAGACAGAAUCAGCAGCUCCGACGAGGAAUGCGAUGAUGACACAAACUCGACGCGCAGAAUUAAACGAAACACUUCGCGCGAAUCACCUCCAUUUGGCACAUUUCCAGAAACUAUACCUCUUCAGCUGCCUGGCAAUAGAAACUAUACCGACGCGGAUAUCGACGAACUCGAAAAUCGUUGUCAUUCAAUGGAUAGAAGGAAUUACGAUGAUACGCUAUCGGAUGAAGUGGACUGGGAGCAAACUGGUCAAGAAUAUGAAAAUACCGGAGAUAGAGGUAAUAUGGAUUUCGAAGAGCAAGUUGAGGACAGGAGGGGUGUGUUGGAGAACCUGAAGCGAAGAGCGGAGAGAUUGAAAAAAUUGGAGGAGAUGAAACUUGCCAGACAGAAACUGUUGGCACAGAUCGAAAGCGAGAAGUUUGAGCGCAAUGAUAUUAUAGAAAAUACGAACCGAACCAACCCUAUGCCAGACAUAUGGGAUAUGAAUCGAUCGUCUCAUCGAGAUGAUCAAAUGCCAUCAUUUUCACAAUUGAAUGUCCCACAGCCAUUACUCGUUGCGUCCGCCUCUUUGCUACAGACUGCAGACUCCCUAUUGAACAAGUUUGGGUCAAUGUUUAAUCAACCGACGAAUAGAAACAAUCCAUCAUCCGCUAUUGCACCAUCCAAACAGAUGUAUCCCGAUGAACAAUUUUCUACGUCUUUGAACAGAUCGACACAGCAAUUCAACAACUGUGAGCGGUCAAAUUCAUCUCCAAUAUCCCCUUGGGAACAGCCUUGCCAUACACAACCGCAAAUGGACAAUUUUAAUCUAAAUCAACCACCUCCGCACAUAAAUAAUCCACUUUUCAAUCUACCACCACAACCUGAGAGAGAAAGCAGUGACAGUGACUUCUCCAGAAGAAAUUACACCAACAAUCCCCAACGAAUCCGAUUCUCACAGCGACAAAAUAUGAACUCUUUCGAUCAGCGACAGAACCAUCGAUCGUCGUUCAACAACAUGCAGAAUAUAAAUAUGGGAAAUAUGUUCUCACCUGAGCAACCACCAAUGCCACUUUUGCCACCCGAGGAGUUCUUUUUGAAUAACCGUGAAGCUUCGCAAGGUCUUAGAGAGCCAGGCUUUCAACAAAAUCGUACUCCACGAAAUCGUUUCGACAACGCCAACCAGCAGCAGCAUCAGAUGCAGAUGCAGAUGCAGCCGUUCCAGCGACGACCCCAGAACGAUGAUCGGCAAUCUUUCGUUGGAAACCUUCAACAUCGAUUAGGACCCAACCGUGUCAACAAUUCAAACUUUAGUGGUGGUGGUUUCCAACGAUUCAACAACAACAACAACAACAAUAAUAAUAGACAGCAGUACCAGCAGCACCUACAACAGAACCAACGUAAUCGUUUCAAUCAGCGUUAUCAGCAACAACAACAACAACAACAACAACAACAACAACAACAACAACAACAACAACAACAACAACAACAGCAACAGCAAAUGUUCCAGCAAAACAAUGACAUCUUCGACGAAUUUGAUGAGAGCGGCUGUUACGACAUGAAUACCGAUGAUGUCUAUGAAGAUGAUGAUGCUGCCGACUGGACAGAUUUGAUGGAAUGAAUAUUCAUCCCGAACCCGCGUGUGUUUAAGGUUUGUGCACAUAUGAAGAAAACUAAGAAAAUGGAACAUUAGAGUUACGUUUUAAACGUAUGUUAGAAACAUCUCCUGGUUAUUACUAUUUUAUUGUCAUUUUUAUGCAUCUAGAGGUCAUAUAAAUUCGUAGAAAUUCGACACCCACUGUAUGUAAAAUAUAUCCAAUGAUAGUGUUGUCAUAAAAACAAACACACAUUUGAAAUGAAAUUGAUUCGCCUCUGGAUUUGGUUUUGUUUCAUGUAUAAAUAAAAUAACUGAAAAUCUUGAUAUAAACUUUUAUUCAUUGCUUCUCACCGCUCCUAUGAGCUUUUUUGCGAGUAUCUUUUUCUUCUUCUCGAAGCUCGAUUUUUUCUUUUGGGUGUUUUUCCUGUUUUUGUUUUUCGCCACCGUUCCAUGGAAUUCUUGUUGCAAAAUCUUCCUCUUGUUAUCAGUGUUUGCUUUCGGAGGAUUUUUAGUUGUACUGGUCAAUACUUUUUGUUUGCUGACAAGAUUCCCUUUCUUAUUACGUCGUUUGGAUUGUAGACUAGGAUCGACCUUCAUAAUGCGCAAUGGACGCCCAUUAAGCAAUUGUUGAUUCAUUUUCAGUGCUUUCGCGAUCGAAACACCCUUUUUGAAACAGACAUAUCCUAUACAUCUGUCAGCGAUUUGACGCACGUAUUCGAUAUCACCAACUCGACUGAAGAAAUCGUAUAAUUCAUUAUCGGUUGUCUCUAUAAGAAAAAAAUAAUUUAACUUUUUUUUUUCAUUUCAUUGUCAUUCUACUUACUUCUAUGGAUGUUACCCACAAAUACCGUGGACGUGAUAUGUCCAACUUGUUUUUGCGAGUGCAAUGAUACUCUGAUACGAUUGUCUUCUACCAAUUCACCGUUCAUACAGCAUGCAGCUUCUGCUUCUUCUCUGGUCUCGAAACGUACAUAACAAUUUAGUGCCUUCGAUUCUUUCUUAUCCUUUUUUUUGAACAAUGUAACGCCAUCGUUGGAACGGAAACGAAUGGUUAGUAUUGUGCCGAAUUGUUUGAACAAUGUUUUCAUUGUUGACUUUUUCACUGUAGUUGGAAGAUUUCCAAUAAAAAUGGAGUGCUCUGGACCUAAAAAUAAAACAUGAUAACGCAAUCGAUAUGCAUUAAAAAAUGCUAAAGCAUUAACAAACCUGGAAAGCGCUUUUUCGGUUUCACUUCGGCAUCCUUUUCGUCUUUACUGUUCGUGGGAGAGCCAUCUUCUAGGUCAAGUUCAGGUUGACUUAAAAUCGACUUUGAGGAAGCAUUUCCUGUUGCAUCAUCAAUUGAUUCUUGUUCAUCUUCACUUUCAGAUGUAUCAAUCCCAAUGUCUGCUUCAAUAACUUUGGGCUUUUCGUGGCCCUUUGUAGAGGCGCCUUUUGCUUUCUUUUGUUUCUUAUCAAUUUUAGGCUGUUCGAUUAGUUCCGGAGAAAUGUCGACUGCUUGCUUUCUCUUUUUCUUCGAACCUUUAUUUUUUUUAGCGCUGACUCCCUCAACGAUUUCAGGUAUCUGCCCUUCGACAUUGUUUUCUUCCGGAAACACAUCUUUCGCCUUGUCUUUUUUUGCCUGUUUGACAAUGUUCGGAAAAUUUUGCACAACUUCCCUUAGCUUCAUUGACUCCUCCGGCACAUUGAUUUUGCUCCUUUUGAAACUUUUCACUACACCGACGCCGUUAUUUUGCGGACUCACUUUGUUCAAUUUUUUAUCUUUCUUCCCCAUGAUUAAGGAAGACCCCUAAUAUUUUACGCGUUAUAAAGGCAAUAAAAAUAUAUGAAAACCAAAAACCGGUGAUACGCUAAAUCUUUUCUGGGCGAGUGGAAACAAAAACACGUGCAAACCUGAGGGUGCAAGCAACACCGCUUUUAAGCAAAUUUGACAAUCAAAUCUCUAGUUCUGCUGAAUGUGCACAGGGUGACAACUACUUUUUCUCGUUGAUACGACUCAGAAGAAAUGUCGAAGAACCUUUAUUAUUCAAUGCUAAAUCAACAACAAUUUUUAAUGACAAAAUUAUUUAAAACUUUGCUGUAUUGUUAAGUUUUAAAUAAUUUCAUGCCAAAUCGAUACUGUGGUUCUCUGAUUUUCAUGAAAAUUGGUUGCAUUGUUUUUUAUCGAAAAAUAUUAGAUCCGUGUUUUUUAUUUUUUCAUUAGGGUGCUCAUUUUCAUUUUAAAAUUAAAAAUUAAUUUCACUUCUUUUUUCAAAAAAUAACUUUAAAAAAUAACUUUCGAACUACUGUACCGAUUCAGAUGAUCGAUAUAUAAAAUUUGAGCCAGUCUUCGUUGAAAAUUAGUUCACUCGCAAAAAAAAGAUUGAUUUUGUUUUUGUAGUUUUUAGGCCGUAUGAAUAAAAACAAAAUUCAUCUUUACUUUACUUCAUUCGAGCAGUAGAGCAAUGAGAUUAAGUUUUUACUACGUUUGGUAUGAAUAAAAGAAACAACAAAGUAUUUACUUUUCGAAAAUGGAUGUUUAGCUGAUUUCGUAUGAAUAAAACAGCAUUCACCAAGUAUUUACUUCGUUAUUAUCAAGUAUGCUCAUGAGCAUACUUUGGAUCUGAAAACACUAUCAUUCGUUUUGAUGUCAUAUCCGAUUUAUGUUUAAUGCUGCUAUCUUGCGCUUGAAGCUAAACAAGUUAACGAUCCGCAUUGAUGGCAUUGAGCUUCGUUUACUAGUUUAGGUGAGCGUAAAAAAAAUGAUUGAUUUUCAGGCGAAAUGAAAACGUUUUUAAAAUUUAAAUUAUGAAUGAAAAAUAACCUUUCCGUACCAAUUUGGCAUUCUGUUUAAAUGAAAAACACUUUUGUUUGCAGGUGAUGAAAAAAUCUUGUACGAAUAUUGGGCCUGAUUCUCGAAUACACUACGAAUACACUUCACGGUGGAAACGGUAUGAAACGCAUUUGCGAUGACAACGGUACGGUGUCGACAUCUGGAUGCGAGAUUAGUUUCCCACUAAAUUUAUCAUUAUAAAAUUAAAUUAUCUUCAGAUUAAAUUUUUGUAUGAGAUUAAUAUAUCACAAGAAGAAAACAAAGUUUUCCACUCACACUGAAUACCAGUUUGAUACGAAGAGAUUAAUUUUCAUUAAUGAUUUUUUAUUUGAAACGUGCUCAUUUUGCCUGAAAACUCAUCAUUAUCUUCGACACUUCACUAACUCGUAAAACGUAGUUCAAUGGCGUGCCGUUUAUUUCGUUUCCACCGUGAAGUGUAUUCGAGAAUCAGGCCCAUUGUUUUUGAAGACAACUUUAUAUUAUAGUGAAAAGUAUCAGUAAUGAUGUUGGAAAUGUAUAGACAAAGGGUUAAAUAAAAGUCGGAAAAAAGUGUUUUAAGUGAUUAAAUAA